CCUCCUGGCUCCGCGUUUCCCCAUCCGGGUUAGGCCGAGGCCCCGCCCCCGUGGCCGUUACCCCCGUGUGAGGCGGAGCGGGGGGGCUGCAGUAUGGGGGCGGUCGGGAGCUGAGCGUGGGAAGGGGCCGCCCCUUGAGGUGGGACAUAUCUCAUUCUGUACCACCAGCAGCAUCUCUUGAGAGGAGAAGAGUCAUAAUCCUCAAGUUGACACUGUGCUAUGACAAUCUAGGGAUCUUCAGGGUGGGCAAGAAUCGCUAAGUGGUACGGGACAAGCCAAUUCAAGCGGUCUUGGCCUGACAAAGGAAUGGAUUUUGCUGGCCUCAGUACAUGAAGUGUUUGUGUCAUGCCCCCUGCCUUUCCCACUGUGCUAUGUGGGGAAGGGUCCCAGUGGGGAAAUGGCUGAGUGCGGCUGAUCUAGGACAAGUUUAAAAGACACAGUGGGGGAUCUGGAGCUUAUACCCUGUUGGCAUGGUAGUGUUUCUAACUGAGCUGUACAGAUCAUGUAGUGUGCUCUGCUCUCUGUCCUCCACGGUGAGCCAUGAUUUUUCUUUAAUAGGAAAGUUGAAGCAGCAUCUUUGUGGGGUAUGUACAGCAGGCAGCCUGCCAAGCACUGCCACACAGGUCCUCAGUUGCGUUUCCAGGUGGCCUUUACAUUAGUGUUGCUCGUUCCAAGCCCUUGAUUGCUCAUCCUGCAUUUGGAUACCCAUCCUGCAUUGUGUUCACUUCCCCAGCAGCCCACGAACACAGGUUCCAUCCUUCCACCAGCCAGUGAGCGAUGUCAGACCAGGACGAUGGUGAUAUGGGGAAGGGAGGGGCCUUCUCGGCCGAGCACCUGGCCGCUGAGUCCAUGGCAGCCGACAUGGACCCCUGGGUGGUGUUUGAUGCACGAAAGACCCCACGGGCCGAGUUCGAGGAGUGGCUGCAGACCUACCAGCCCUCGCGGGUGUCUCGUUUUGGGGACCCUGAGCGCCGCACUGAGCCUGUGGGCUGGAUUGCCAUCUAUGGUCCAAACUACUGUCCAGAGUCAGGUGAUGUGGUGGGGCUGCAGGAGGCCUGGGAGCGGCUCCAGAUCAGUGGGCGCCAUGUCACCUUCGACACUAUCCGCGAGCUGGCACUCAACCACUGCGUCCUUACCGGCAAGUGGCUGAUGCACCUGGACACCGGCUUCAAGGUGGACCAUGCCUGGAGUGGCAUCGCCCGCUCCGUGUUGGAGGGGCACUUUGGGGUGGCCAAAGUCAGCCCCUGCUACCCCAACUCGGACCGCAAGCAUGUCAUCUGCAUCUACACAGAUGACUUCACCGACGAGGAGAAGGUGAUGGAUGCGGACGCUGCCAUCCGGGGCACUGGCGUCAAGUGCCUGCUCUCCUACAAGCCCGAUGUCUACACCUACCUAGGCAUCUACCGGGACAAUCGCUGGCAUCUCUGCCCCACCAUCUACGAGAGCAAGUUCGACCUAGAGUGCAUCCCCCGUCGCUCCCGUAUCAUCAACAAAGUCAGCAACACUGAGGUGACUUAGACUGGGCCCCGCUCCCCAGCUUGGCAGUUCCUCCUUUCCCCUCUCCAACAGCUGGCACCAAUGCCUCCCAACUGUGCUCUGAAACUAAUUACAUUUUGAUUGGUC